AGGAAAACUGGGAAACUGAAACCCCACAAGGUUACAGUUUUAGAGAAGUCAAAAUAUGCAUACUGAAACUUUUCUCUGUACUUUAAAGACUGCAUGUUAUAGCAUGAAACAGGACAUGAAAUAUUUCUCUUAAAAGCUAAAGUUGGACAAGACCUGAGGUCACCUGAGUUUAGUGACAGUUUGAUGGGCUUUGAAUAGAUCAUUGCCAGUGUAUGUCUGGGAUUACCAGGAUUGGUGAGCAGACGAUGACGUUGUCACGGUCCAAGCUCCCUCUAAUCUUCUAUGGGAUUCUCCUGUGUGGCUUCUCUGAACCUCUACCCAUCAUCAACAGACAAAGCAUUCAGAGUGAAGCACCAUUGAUCAGCAGCUCCUGGGACAAGACGGAGGCCACUGCUGGAGAUGGACAAUACCUUCAAGGAAUAAAGAGGUUCAGGAAGCUCUACUGUAAUGUUGGAAUUGGCUUCCACAUCCAGAUUUCACCAAAUGGCCAGAUCACAGGGGUGCAUAAUGAGAACAGAUACACCCUUCUAGAAAUCUCCCCAGUGGAAAGAGGAGUGGUCACGCUGUAUGGUGUGAGGAGUGGGCUUUUCAUCGCCAUGAGCAACAAAGGGAAACUCUAUGGAUCGGGUCACUAUAAUGAUGAAUGCAAGUUCAAGGAAAAUCUCCUGGCAAACAACUACAAUGCCUAUGAAUCAGCUGUGUACCCAGGAAUGUACAUCGGCCUCAGUAAGAGCGGCAAAACCAAGAGAGGCAAUCGGGUCACGCCCACCAUGACCAUGACACACUUCCUCCCCAGGAUAUGAACCUGUUGGGCGACAACAUCGAAGGGGUUUGGACUUGUGCACAGUCUGUUUCUGCAGCCGAACCCAUGGAUGAUGGGAGUGUGUUGUGUCCAGUUCCAUGAUAACCAGAGCUGUAGGUCAUUUUCCUGUUCCAUCAUGGUGACCUCCUCUUCAUCUACAUUCUGACACAUGGACUCACAUCCAUCCAUUCCAUCAGGUGGUGAUAACUGUCAUAAGAUUCAAGCUGAAGUUAAAAGGUGUGGUGGGAAAACUUGCCACUGGAAAUUAGACAAGAUCAAUGAAAAUUUUAUCAUUUUUUACUUAUGACUAAUUUUUAUAGAUUAUAUAUUAGAUUGUUUAAUUUCGGCAUUGAUCUUCAACAUUGUACAGCUCUUCACAGUCCGAUAAAUUCCAGCAUCUGUCCAAGAUACAGACGAAGUAGAAAACAAACCAGAGAAGUAGUCAC